AUGGCUAGCCAUGCAUUAUCACAAGAGGAUAUGACUAGCUAUGUCUUAUCAAAAGAAGCUAUGACUAGCCAUGCAUUAUCACAAGAGGAUAUGACUAGCUAUGUCUUAUCACAAGAAGAUAUGGCUAGCCAUGCAUUAUCACAAGAGGAUAUGACUAGCUAUGUCUUAUCACAAGAAGAUAUGGCUAGCCAUGCAUUAUCACAAGAGGAUAUGACUAGCUAUGUCUUAUCAAAAGAAGCUAUGACUGGCUAUGUCUUAUCACAAGAGGAUAUGACUAGCUAUGUCUUAUCAAAAGAAGAUAUGGCUAGCCAUGCAUUAUCACAAGAGGAUACGACUAGCUAUGUCUUAUCAAAAGAAGCUAUGACUGGCUAUGUCUUAUCACAAGAGGACAUGAUUAGCUAUGUCUUAUCAAAAGAAGAUAUGGCUAGCCAUGCAUUAUCACAAGAGGAUAUGACUAGCUAUGUCUCAUCAAAAGAAGCUAUGACUGGCUAUGUCUUAUCAAAAGAAGCUAUGACUGGCUAUGUCUUAUCACAAGAGGACAUGAUUAGCUAUGUCUUAUCAAAAGAAGAUAUGGCUAGCCAUGCAUUAUCACAAGAGGAUAUGACUAGCUAUGUCUUAUCAAAAGAAGCUAUGACUAGCCAUGCAUUAUCACAAGAGGAUAUGACUAGCUAUGUCUUAUCACAAGAAGAUAUGGCUAGCCAUGCAUUAUCACAAGAGGAUAUGACUAGCUAUGUCUUAUCACAAGAAGAUAUGGCUAGCCAUGCAUUAUCACAAGAGGAUAUGACUAGCUAUGUCUUAUCAAAAGAAGCUAUGACUGGCUAUGUCUUAUCACAAGAGGAUAUGACUAGCUAUGUCUUAUCAAAAGAAGAUAUGGCUAGCCAUGCAUUAUCACAAGAGGAUAUGACUAGCUAUGUCUUAUCAAAAGAAGCUAUGACUGGCUAUGUCUUAUCACAAGAGGACAUGAUUAGCUAUGUCUUAUCAAAAGAAGAUAUGGCUAGCCAUGCAUUAUCACAAGAGGAUAUGACUAGCUAUGUCUCAUCAAAAGAAGCUAUGACUGGCUAUGUCUUAUCAAAAGAAGCUAUGACUGGCUAUGUCUUAUCACAAGAGGACAUGAUUAGCUAUGUCUUAUCAAAAGAAGAUAUGGCUAGCCAUGCAUUAUCACAAGAGGAUAUGAUUAGCUAUGUAUUAUCACAUCUCAGUGUGAUUGCAGUUUUUUUCUAUUUGUAA